AUGGAGUUGGAUCAGACCCAGCUCCAUUGUGACGUUUGCCACACCUGCUUCCGCUGUGGCAGUCUGGGCCAUCUUGCCCAUGACUGCCCCACCCCAGCUGAUAUCCAUCAUGCUGAUGUCCUUGACAAGCUCAUCAAUCAGUUGGGAAGUGAGUUGCUCUCCAAGUUGGUCGCUCGGGUGGCGACUACUGCAGCCAUUGCAGAACACGCAGCUGAUGUUGCGGCUGAGGUGGAGCAGGGUUUUCUCCCCAGCGACAAGUGA